AUGCUAGUCGUUGAUGAUUUAGAAGCAAUUUUGAGAGGAGAAAAUCCAGAUAAUUAUAUGGAUCCAGAUGAUCGUGAAAAAUAUUCAUUCAUGCUGCAAAAUGAAUAUUCAAAAGUGAUUGCGAAUGAACUUUUACAUUGUAUUCAACGUUGGUUAAAAAGAUCUCCGAACGUGAUGAAGAAGAAUGUUGCACCAUUUACUCCUACUGGUGAUAUCAACGACGCUCUAUUCACAAUGUAUCAGCCUAGUGAUUAUGACUGGUGGAAAUCCGAUUAUGAAACAUUUGACAGUUUGCAAUCGAGACAAUAUUUCGCUACAUCAGAUUCAAAUGAAGCUUCUUGGUUUACAGAUGAACAAGCACAUGACUAUUUUCAACUAUUUAUAAAGGCGACUAGACGAGUAAAUAUAAUUGAAACAAAACUUGAAGAGAAUGAAACAGCUUGGGAAACUGUUUCUAUUAGUGAUGUCGAUGAUGAAAAUCCUACAAAUGAUGACGACGAUAUUGAUGAUCAAUUGAAGACUCCAGAAGAAAUAAAAAAGAUUCAAGAACUUGAUAAUCCACAUCGUAAAUGGAAACGAAAGAAACGAGUUACAGAAGCUUUUAUGAAACAAAAGAUACGAAAUAUCAUCGAGUUUCAACAACUUUGUUAUAAGCAAGCUAAUUUAUAA